AUGUUGCCAGCAAUCCUGAACAAUGCUCGAAGGGGGACAAGUGCUUUUGUCAGAUCAAUCUCCAGCAAGAGAAGCACUGCAGAAAUGAACGAGAAAUCGCAUUCUCGCAGUUUGAUGGCGAGGGUAACUGAAUUCGCAGAGAAGGAGGGAAGACAACCGAGAAUUCUUAUUGCUAAGAUGGGGCAAGGUGGAAAUGACCCUGAAACAAUGCAUCUUGCGACAAGUUUUGCUGACUUUGGCUUUGAUGUUGAUCUUGGACCGUCUGUUCAAACACCAGAAGAAGUUGCACGUCAUGCUAUAGAUUCAGAUGUUCAUGCAGUUGGGGUGAGGAAUGUUGCUGUUAAUCAUCUUACACUCAUCCCAACUUUGGUUAGUGAACUGAAAAAACUUGGUAGACCAGAUAUUCCUGUAAUUGUUGCGUGUGACGUUCCGUUCAAGGACCAUGAAAAACUAUAUGGAGCUGGAGUUGCAUCUAUUUUAAGUUCUGCUUCAGAUAUUACUGAACGAGCCUCUAAGGUAUUAUACAUUAUUUUUUACUUAACAAAGGUAGUCGUAGUUGUCAAGUUUAUUCUACUGCACUGUGCAAUAGUUGGGUUCUACUGUAUUAUCAAAGGAACUCUUGAAUUUUUUGUUCCUGGACUUUUUGUUGCUGGCGUUAAUAAUAUGUUUUGA